AUGACACGAAACCAACGGGCAGAGGAAAUCCUCAACCGAAUCAAUGACCUUGCCGAAGAACUCUCCCGUAUCCAGGUAGGCGGCUCCCGACCACGACGCCGCGAUCCUCACCGCCAUCUCUUCGUCGGGCGCAAGGUACUCAUCACCAGAGGGGACAAGUACCAUGGCCGCAUUGGACAUCUCCACCGCCGCCACGAAGACAGUGACUACUGGGACAUCGAAUUGGACCUCCUCGACGGUCAAAAGUGGAAACAGAUCAUCUACAAGACCCCAACAGGUUUCCGAGCGUAUCCGCGAGAUGCGUAG